AUGACACGGAGUCUCACUCUCAGCCUUUGCUUCAUUACUUUAAUUCAAAGUGGCAGCUGUGCAGAUUCAGAGGAGCGGCUGAUGAACUGGCUGCUGGGUAAAGACCGCUACAACAAGCUGAUCCGGCCCGCCAUCAACCGGACCGAGCGCGUCACCGUCAAGCUGCAGGUGUCCCUGGCCCAGCUCAUCAGCGUGAAUGAGAGGGAGCAGAUCAUGACUACCAAUGUCUGGCUGACCCAGCACUGGAUUGACUACAGACUGUCCUGGGACCCCUCUGAGUACGAUGGUAUUGACAAGCUUCGAAUUCCAUCCCGCCAUAUUUGGCUCCCUGACAUUGUGUUGUAUAACAAUGCUGAUGGCACUUAUGAGGUGACUGUCUUCACCAACGCAAUUGUCCAGUUCAAUGGCAGCAUCUUCUGGCUUCCGCCAGCUAUCUACAAAAGCGCCUGCAAGAUUGAGGUGAAGCACUUUCCCUUUGACCAGCAGAACUGCACCCUUAAAUUCCGUUCCUGGACGUACGACCACACGGAGAUUGACCUGGUCCUCAAGACGGGGGUGGCCAGCAUGGACGACUUCACCCCAAGCGGGGAGUGGGACAUCCUGGCCCUCCCUGGGAGAAGGACCAUCAACCCGUUGGACCCCACCUACGUGGACGUCACCUACGACUUCAUCAUCAAGAGGAAGCCGCUCUUCUACACUAUCAACCUCAUCAUCCCCUGUGUCCUUAUCACCUCAUUGGCCAUCCUGGUCUUCUACCUGCCCUCUGACUGUGGCGAGAAGAUGACCCUCUGCAUCUCUGUGCUCCUGGCCCUCACCGUCUUCCUGCUCCUGAUCUCCAAGAUCGUGCCGCCAACCUCGCUGGACGUACCCCUCAUUGGCAAGUACCUGAUGUUCACCAUGGUGCUGGUGACAUUCUCCAUCAUCACCAGUGUGUGUGUGCUGAAUGUGCACCAUCGCUCUCCCAGCACCCACACCAUGCCCACGUGGGUGAAGCUGGUCUUCCUGGUCAAGCUCCCGGCACUGCUCUUCAUGCGCCGGCCGCGGAACAACUCAGCCCGCCAGCGGCUGCGGCACCAGCGGCAGCUCCGGGCCCGCCGGGCGGCUCUGGGGAUGGGCUACCCGGCGCCUGCCCCGGCCACCAUCUCCUCUUCCUCCGUAUUCCUCUCCUCCGCCUCCGCCUUCUCCUCCCCGGGACACUUUUUCAACAAAAACACCGGCCCCUUCGGCCUAAACCCAGGCCCCAGGAAGGGGGACCUGCGGUCCUCGGAGUUCCUCCAGGACGGGUUCACCUCGGCCCAGGACCUGCGGCAACGGGGCAGCCCCGAAUGGGGCCCGGACAUCCAGGAGGCCGUGGAUGGGGUGCGCUUCGUGGCUGACCACAUGAUGGGGGACGACGACGACCAGAGUGUGAUCGAGGACUGGAAGUAUGUUGCCAUGGUGGUGGAUCGGAUGUUCCUGUGGAUUUUUGUGAUCGUGUGCGUAGUCGGCACCCUGGGCCUCUUCCUCCAGCCCCUCUUUCAGAACCAAAUUGUGCCCGUCCAGCCAUCCAGCACCGAGACUCUCAAAAGGGACGCUAUCUGA